AUGGCACAUCAAUUCUUCUAUGGAAAGUUGACUACAGCUGCUUUGAUGAAAUUUCCAUUGUUGGAGGAACUAAACCUUUACAAGAUAGAAAUCUCAAAAGAAGAGAUUGAAACUGUUGGCCGUUAUUGCCCCAUGCUAAAAACACUCAAAGUGAAUCAAAGAGGAUGGAGAUUGUUUAAUGCUGAUGAAGGAUCUUUAACGAGAUAUAAUGAGAUAGCCAUGGCUAUUGGACAAAACUUGCUUGGGAUAAGGCACCUUGAACUCAUUGGAAACAAGAUGACCAAUUUGGGGUUGCGUGUGAUUCUCGAUAACUGUCAUCACCUUGAAACACUUGACUUGCGUCAAUGCUUUUACAUUGAUCUUAAGUGUCUGAAUUUGGAUAUAUCAUGCACCAAAGCUACAAAUCUUAUAGAAAAUCCGUAA